AUGCAGGGCAAGCUCUUUCGGUAUGGACCAGAGGUAGCACACACGGCCUUCAUCUCUGGCUCCGGCCGGCGGCAUGCCAUCCUGGUGGGAGGCUUGUCGGACGGCAUGCUCUUCACUGCAUACUGUACGCCCCUGGCCCGGAGGCUGAAUGCAGCGGGGUGGGCAUGCGUGCAGCCCCUCCUCUCCUCCUCGCUGUCGGGGUGGGGCCUGGCGAGCCUCGACCAGGAUGCAGCGGAGCUCCAUCUGCUGGCUGCAGCCCUGGGGAGGGAGCACGGGGCCGAGGGCGUCGCCAUCCUGGGUCACUCCACGGGGUGCCAGGACGCCGUGCGCUACGCGAGCCUGUAUGCCGGUGGAAAGGACGGCGCGCCGCCCCUGAUGGGCCUGGUCCUCCAGGCCCCCGUCAGCGACCGCGAGUUCCUGGGCAAGCAGCAAAGCACCGCCGCCCUGGCCCAGCGUGCACAGCGCAUGGUGGAGGAGGGGCGGGGCGAGGACCUGCUGGGCAGGGCUGAUGCGCUGGGCGGGACCCCCAUCACCGCCCGGCGCUUUGUGGCGCUGGCGUGCGGGGGUGGCGACGACGACAUGUUCAGCUCGGAUCUGAGCGACGCACAGCUUCGGGAGCUCUUGAAGGGCGCUGCCUCGGUGCCAUCGCUCUUCCUCCUGGGCGCUCAGGACGAAUGCUACCCGGCUGGUUGCGACGUUGAGGGUCUGGGCCGCCGGCUGGUUGCCGCAGCUGGAAGCUCAGCGCAGCUCAAGGUCCUGGAUGGCGACCACUGCCUCAAGGGACUGGAAAACGAAGUUGUGGAGGUGGUAUCUGACUUCCUGCUCAGUCUCCCAAUACAAUGA